AAAUUAUUAUUGAUAACCAAUGUAUUAUGUCAUGUUACUUCAAGUAAUCAUAGACAGAAUCAUAGAGUCUAUUUCUUCUUUUACUGUUUUGACAGUUCACACUUCCUUCACAAGUUGCCAUGCUAUACACACAUAUUUUUAUUGAAGGGAACACAUGCCUUGCACACGUUGGCACUUGGCAUUCCAUUGACCCAUGCGGCUUUCUCUGAUGCCUGCUCCACCUCUUUGCUCCUUUGCUCCUUCCCAGUUGGAUCGCCGAACUGAUAGAUUGUGAGGGGGGUGAGAACGAAGGUAAAUUUAGAAAAUGUUGGAUCUAUAUACAUAAUACCCUGUUGACAUCCGGAUAAUCUGUUGGUGCGCUUCACAUAUCAAGUUGAACUUAAAAAAUUGUUUUUUUAAAGUUAGGAUAAUAUUUUCUUUAUUUUUGAAUUGUUAAGGUUAGGUUCUUUCACCAGGUUGUGCUUGACACGUGAAUUAAAGCACCAAACAUGACUUCUCCUCUGGCAUAUGAAAAAGUGUGGUUCGAGAAAUGUAGAUAUGAUGAAGCUGAGCGGUCUUACUUCGAGAAAUUAGCGAAGCUGCUUCUAAGUAAUGGAUUAACUGCGCUCCCUGUUCCUAAGAAUGCAACCCAGUCUCCUCACUUGCUGAUUUCUGAGAAGCAAGUGUCCAUUACUAACCAAACACCAAUAAAAAAGCCGUCAGCUGUAACCACUGUGAGUCGUGAGACUUUAACAACAAGUCCCUUAAUCCUUUCAACUCACUCUCAAACAGAAGAUGAAAAGAGAUUUAAACCUAAAGAAGUGAAAGAAAAGCGAAAUAAAGCUGAUAAGAAAGGGUGUGAUUUGAACAUUCUCAAAGAUGAUUCUAAGAUGGAUGGAAUAGCAGCCCUUGCAACAAAUGUGAAUGUGGAGAUUGUGAAUCGCUUAAACACAGCAGAAAGGAAAAACCAAGAGUUGACUACUUUGGUAUCAGAUUUGCAGUCAGUCGUCAAGCAACUGGAAUCAAGGGUCAAGACAUUGGAAAGCCAAAACAAUAUUAAAUCUUCUGCUCCAGUUACAAGCAAAACUGCACCUGCACCCACACCUUCCAAGGCAGCGAAGGCAGAUGACAAUGAUGUUGAUUUAUUUGCCUCUGAUUCUGACGGUGAAUCUGAAUCCGUUAAAAAGGUUAAAGAAGAAGCUGCUGCUGCUGCAGCUUCAAAGAAGAAAUCAAAGAAACAAGAAUUAAUUCAGAAAUCAAUUAUAAUAUUGGAUGUAAAACCUUGGGAUGAUGAAACUGACAUGAAGGAAAUGGAAAAGAAUGUCAGAAAAAUAAAUACUGAUGGAUUACUUUGGGGUGCAUCCAAAUUGGUUCCUUUGGCUUAUGGUAUUCAUAAGCUUCAAAUUUCAUGUGUUGUGGAGGAUGAGAAAGUGUCCAUUGACUGGCUUCAAGAAGCAAUAGAGGAAAUACAAGAUUAUGUGCGACUGCCACCAGAAGUCAACCGAAUUCUAUAUAUUCGUAACCUACCGUACAAAAUUACAGCUGAAGAAAUGUACGAUAUUUUUGGGAAAUAUGGUGCUAUUAGGCAGAUUCGAGUAGGCAAUACUCCAGAAACAAGAGGUACUGCAUUUGUCAUUUAUGAUGACAUAUUUGAUGCCAAGAAUGCCUGUGAUCAUUUAUCUGGUUUUAAUGUGUGCAAUAGAUAUCUGGUUGUCUUGUAUUAUCAGUCAAAUAAGGCAUUUAAGAGACUGGACAUAGAUAAAAAGAAGGAAGAGUUGGACAAAAUGAAAACUAAAUACGGGCUGAAUACUGAUGAGAAGAAAUGAGUGUUAUACAUUUUUUGUGAAACUUGUCAUGGUAAAUGUUGUUGUUUGCUCCAUUUUUGUGUGCUGUUAUUACAGAAUUGUUUUUUGAGAUACAUUGAAUGAAAGAUAGUGGUCUCAAUGUUAUUUUGCCGGAAGUGAGAGAUCUAAUAACCAUAAAGUACUUGUGUGGGGGUGGCAAAUGCAUGCACACCCACACAUUUACUAUUAGCUACCAGUGAUUGGAAUAAACACCACCUUACGAUGGGUUGAAUUAGUGGCAAGUAGUGUUUACAGUAGUGAAUGUUAUUAGACACCCUGAACUCAUUUAUAUAUUGGGUAUUAUAUUAAUAACUAAAAAAUAUAAGGAAAUCAUUUAUUUCUUCCUGAUUUGUGAAUUAUCUUUUUAUUGGGAAAAUUAGUGUCUUCACUCCUUUGUAAAGAUAGUACAAGGUUCAUUUCAAAAUUUUAAAUUUAUGAUUGAAGUUCAAUGUAAUGGUUAAUGAGUGUCUCUCUUAAUGUGGGGUCUUCAGAUAUUAAUGUAGGCACUUAAAAUUAUCAGUUCUACCAAUGUUUCCCAUUCCAAAAAGUAAUUACUUUUCCUAUUAAUCAUUCGAAAAGUUAUUAAAGUUACAGAACUAAAAAAACCGACCAUCCAACUGAUGUUAGAUGUUUCUAAGUCUUAGUAGAGUUUCAUGUUUCUUAAAUAUUUUAUCAGUUAAAAAAAAAUUAUUAUAUUUGUAUUCCUAAAGAAUUUUAGUCUGUGCAGAAGUAGCCACUAAAAUCCUGCUGAAUAAUUAUAAAAAAAGGUGAUAAAUAAGAGGUGGCCAAAUUGCAAUUUCACGAACCCUUGUGUAAUAUUAAAAUUUGCCAAUGCUCAA